UUUGUCAACAAAAUGUCAGGCGGAGCACAAGAAGCACUUUAACCACAACAGACUUUUGUGAAUGAAAUGAAACUGUUUUAUACUUCAAGUCGUUUAUUAAUAUUUUGCUGAGCAUUAACGGACCAAACGAACAAAAAGCGGCAAGUUGUAAUUUAUUUAACCUGCAGUUACUAUGAAAUUUUAAGCUAGCUUUUGUUAGCUUGUUGGAAUCACCAGGAGAAAACGUCCCAACCGUCUGCUCAACCACUUGCACAGGUUAACGAUGUCUUCCAGAGCGUGGCAGCAUCCUUAUGUAAAUGUGUUUAAGCACCUAAAAGUGGAUGAAUGGAGGAAGGCCAGCAAAGAAGGAGAUGUUACAACCUACAUGGAUAAGACCCUGAAGUGUUCAGUGUUCCGUAUACGGGGCUCCAUUCCAGCCAGCAACUUCAUCCUGCUUCCCAGAACCAGCAGCCAGUCAUUGGGCUUCACAGGCCGCUACCUCUACCUGCUCUUCAGACCCGGCCCCAAUAAGUAUUUCGUAGUGCAUCUGGACGUUGCUGCGGAGGAGGGUCAGGUGAUCCGUAUAUCAUUCUCUAACCUCUUCAAGGAGUUUAAGUCCACAGCAACAUGGCUGCAGUUCCCCUUCCAGUGUGGAGCAGCGCCUGGCUCUGUCUAUGAGAGCACGACCAAGACUGCUAAACAUGGUUUGGUGGGUCCAGCGCCGGUGUGUGUGCGGUGGACAUGUCUGAUGAUGGACCUGCGUUAUGUGCUUUCUGUCUACCUGAACAAAACACACAGCCACCUGAAGAGCAUCAAACUGUGUGCCAACAUGGCCAUCAAAAACAUCAUGACCAGCGAUCUGCUGCUAGACCCAGGUUUGUCAUUUUCAGAGUUCCGGCAAGCUGGUAUGGUGUUGCCCGAAGGCACAGCUCCCAUGCCCAGAGAGAUGUGUUUUCCUGUGCCAAAGGGCAGCAGCUGGCAUCAGCUCUAUGACUACAUCAGGUUUCCCUCAGAUGGUGUGAAAUUGCCAUUUGAUUCUAUACAGAAAGGACUCAACCCAAGAGAAGAGGCUGUGGUUGACGAGAGUCCCCAUCGAGAGGAGAGUCGCAGUGUGAACAUCAGCAGACCUGUGCAGGACCGUGUUUCCCUCAUCCAGCAGAUUACCACACCCAAACCUGUUAGUCGUGCUAAGCAGCGGUCACUCCUUCUGACCUCAAGUCUGCCUGAGCUGACCUCUUCACACUCUGGGGAUAGAGAGAGCCCAAGUCAGAGGUCACAGGCCUUUGAGGAGGACAGGGUAGUGUGUGAUGAUGGAGAAGGAGUGCAUGUGUUUGCUCACUACAAGGACGAUGAUGUCAGCACACAUUUGACAAACAGUGAGGAAGUUGCUGUGGUUAAUGCUGCUGUUCCACGCCCGCUUUCUUUGCCUUCAGCCAAGCCCGCGAAGCAACAACAAAAGUUGCACCCUGACCCCAUAUUGAAGCUGAGUAGAAUCAUCGGUUUUGGUGGAGCAACAAUGAGAUGUGCUGUAUGGGCUAAUGAUGGGGAGGAGGUGGUGUAUCCAUGUCACGCCAUCAUAGUCAGCAUGAAGAUCUCUUCUGGACAACAGCGGUUUUUCAUCGGCCACACAGACAAAGUGUCUGCGCUGGCACUGAACGCGCGCUCAUCUCUCCUAGCAUCGGCUCAAAUGGGCACACACUGUCUAGUUCGGCUCUGGAGCUACAGCAAGGGACAGUGUCUGACCAUGAUCAAAACACAUGCGCACUCACUCAACACUCUCAGUUUUUCCUAUAGUGGGGGUGUUCUGUGUGGAGUGGGAAAAGACAGCCACAACAAAACAAUGGUUGUUGUGUGGAACACGCAGCGUGUGGAUAAAGGGGGUGUGGUCACAGUCAUGGCUAAAGCUCACACAGAUGUUGACAUCCAGACCAUGAAGAUAGCCUUUUUUGAUGACACACGUAUGGUGUCAUGCGGUGUGGGCAACGUGCGUUUGUGGCGCGUGCGUGGUGGCUGUCUGCGCUCAUGUCCUGUUAACCUGGGGCAGUAUCACAACCUGGAGUUCACUGAUCUGGCCUUUGAGCAGGGACACACUCCUGACCGACAGCUGGAUGACCGUACACUGUUUGCCAGCAGUAAGAGUGGCCACAUCCUGGACAUUGACUAUGUUUCUGUGGGAAUAAAGAAUGUCAGAAGACUCCUCCCAGCUCAGCAAAGCCACUCCCAGCGCAGAGAGAAACAGACCUUCAGCACAGGUCCAGGCAUUGCAGUGAACAGCGUUAGUGUAUGUGGCUCUUUCUGCGCGACGGGUUCAGAGGAUGGAUUCCUGCGUCUUUGGCCUCUUGACUUCUCUUCUGUCUUGCUGGAGGCAGAACAUGAAGGGCCAGUCUGUUUUGUAACUGUGUCCUCGGAUGGUCUGAGUGUGCUGGCUGCCACUAGCACAGGAAAUCUUGGCUAUCUGGAUGUCAGUAGUCGUGGUUACCGUACAUUGAUGAGGUCCCACACAGCAACUGUGUUGGGCUUUAGUGUGGAUGGAAUCAGAAGGCAAAUCACCACGGCUUCCAGAGACUGCACUGUUCGGGUAUGGGCCAUGGACUCCACGCAGCAGCUGUAUGACUUUGUGUCUGAUGAGGAUGAUGAUGCGCCAUGCUCAGUGGCAUUCCAUCCCAGCCUGCCAGUCUUUGCCUGUGGUAGCAGCUCUGGAACUGUGAGAGUGUUUGACAUCCCCACAUCCAGCUUACUGGCACAGCACAGACAGCACCGUGGUGCAGUAGUGGGCCUGGUGUUUUCUCCUGAUGGUGAACAUCUAUACAGCGCUGGCUCUCUGGGAUACCUGGCUCUCUACAAUGCUUCCCAACCAGAAUACCAUGUCCUUCGAGUGCUCGGUAACGUGGUUGCUCGAGGCACAGAUCGAGGCCCUGAUGCUCUGGCGGUGAGCUCAGACAGUUGCUGCCUGGCGUUUGUUGGCCCCACAGAAUUCACCGUAACCAUCAUGGAUGCGCACUCGCUUGAUGAGUUGCUGCGUGUGGAUGUGAGCGUGUUGGAUGUUGAGAGUACGACUCUGGACACAGCACUGAAGGUGUGUUUCUCCCCAUCUUCUCUCUCCCACCUGCUCAUCACCACAUCAGCCAAUAAGAUCCUGUGGAUCAACAGAAACACUGGACGACUGCUGAGAGAGGUGUCUGAGGUGCAUAAACAUCAAUGUGCCUCUCUGGCUGUCAGUGAGGAUGGACGUUACCUGCUUACAGCUGGACACAAUGCUGUGAAGGUGUGGGACUACCACAUGAAAUUGGAUGUAAAUUCGCAGGUAUUUAUCGGCCAUUCUGAGCCAAUCACGCAGGUGAGCUUCACACCUGACCAGAUGGGUGUGGUUUCAGUGGGGGAUGCCAUCUUUUUCUGGGACUUCUUGGCUCACCCGCAGGAGGUGCCAGCCUGCAGUCUCAGCUCUUCAGCUCUUGUCUCUUCUCCACCUAGAGCAGGUAAAAGUAUGGAUGACUCUCUUCCUAAGGCAGCAGUCCCCACAGAGCAGGCUAAGGUGGAGUUUAAUAGAAUGUCAUCCAAUGGGGUGCCUCGAAAGGCAGCGCCCCGUCCCUCCUCUUCUCUACCCAUUCUGGAUGUCAGCUCCAUAGACAAGAUUGGACCUGGAGAUUCGUCUCACCUGUCGCGUGGUGGUGGUGGUGAUGAUGAUGACGACGAUGAUGUUGAAGAGUUGCAGCCUGUUCCUGCCCACUCUCCUGCUUCUAGACAUGCCUCCUUCCUGCGAGUCACUGAGAGAGCUGCAGCUGGAAGCUCGGUUGAUAGUCUGGCCAAUCAGAUCAGAGUGGAAGAAAAUGGCGAGGAUUUGAAGCCAGUUCGUCCAGACUGUUACAAACACUUUACUCCUCGUUACAAGAUGUCAGUGCUGGACACAAGUGCUGCAACUCCGCCUCCUGGACAGGAGGGCCUGAGUCUCAAAGCCGUGGUCGGCUACAAUGGCAAUGGCCGGAGCAACAUGAUCUGGAAUCCAGACACAGGGCUGUUUGUGUACUCCUGUGGGUGUGUGGUUGUAGCGGAGAAUCUUCACAGUGGCUCACAGAGGCACUGGCUGGGUCACAGUGAGGAAAUCUCAACCCUCGCUGUCACACAUGAUGCACAGAUUGUGGCCUCUGCAUCAGGAGGUGGGGCCUUGUCCAAGAGCCUCAUCUGCAUAUGGAACAUUCAGGAUGGUUCCCGCAGGAACAGUGUUUCUUACCACAAGGGUUCGGUUCAGAGCCUCGCUUUCUCCAGAGAUGACCUCUAUUUCCUCUCUGUGGGUGAUUUUGAGGAGUCGGUGGUGGCGUUGUGGUGCACACGCUCGUUUGAGCUGCUCUGUGCGGUCAGUGUUUCUGUUCCUCUGCAUGAGGCAGCGUUCUGUCCCAGCAGUGCUGACCAGCUCACCUUCACCGGCUCCAACGCUGUCUUCUUCUGCUAUAUACGCACACGCGGCCGUGGAGCUGAGCUAGAGGUACAAAAGGUAGCAGUGCCAGAGAGGAUUGGGGAGGCAGAAGUUUCAUGCCUGUGCUAUAAUACUAACUCUGUCCUGUUCACGGGAACUAACGGUGGACUUGUGUGUGUAUGGGACUGCAACACACACUGCUGCUUCAUGACAUGGGAGGCUGAUGAGGGAGAAAUUGGUGUAUUGCUGUGUCGUGGUAAUAAGCUUGUCACAGGCAGCAACAGUAAGAAGCUGAGAUUGUGGUCAGUAGCUGCUGUCCAGAGUCUCAGAUCUUCAAACAGCAACGCGACUGUCCAGCAAGAUCGGGAUGCUCAGGUGUUUUUGGAGCAAGAGAUGCUGUUGGACGGGACAGUAGUGAGUGUUGCGUUCGAUGAUGUCAUGGACAUGGGGAUUGUGGGUACAACCGCAGGAACUCUGUGGUACAUUAACUGGGCUGACAACACCAGCAUUCGCCUGAUCAGUGGACACAAGAGCAAGGUGAACGGUGUGGUGUGCAGUCCAGAUGAACGUCACUUUGUCACCUGUGGGCUAGAUGGUAGUGUGAGAGUGUGGGCGUUGCCUAGCAACGAGCUAUUGGUCCAGUUUCAGGUUCUCAACCAGAGCUGUGAGUGUGUGUGUUGGAGCCGCCCAGUGGACGAACGUGAGCCUGGUGCUGGCGUUUGUGUGGCAGGUGGCUACAGCGAUGGCUCAGUGAGGAUCUUCAGUGUGGAGUCUGCUGAGAUGGAGCUCAAACUGCAGCCACACCGCAGCUCUGUGUGUGUCCUGCAGUACUCACACCACGGUCAGGUAUUGCUCUCAGGAGGACGAGAUGGCGUCCUUACAGUGAGCAGUCCAUUUACAGGCAUCACUUUACGCAUCAUCAGUGACCACAAGGGGGUGCCCAUUACCACCAUACAAUGCACUAGCAAACAGUAUAAGGAGUUCGGUCUGGAGGGGAAUGAGCUCUGGUUGGCUGUUAGUGCUGAUAGGCGUGUCAGCAUCUGGGCAGCUGACUGGGCAAAGGACAAAUGCGAGCUCCUCGACUGGCUCACGUUUCCUGCUCCCUCUUCACCCAAGGACACUGCAAACUUGCCUCCCAGUAUGGCAGCCUUCAGCCCCACAGAGAGAGGGGUGCUGGUUUACACUGGCUAUGCUGCAGAGAAAGAACUAACCUUCUACUGCUUAAAGAAGAAACGGGUAUUGAGGACAGUCUCUCUGACUGACUGGGCUCUGUCUCUCAGCCUAAGCUCUAAAGGAAGGCUGCUUGCCACUGGAUCAAAUCAGCGCGUGCUGAAGCUAAUCGAUUCCUCCAGCGGUCGUUUCCAGGAUUUUACAUGGCACAGUGACGCAGUUCACCUCUGCAGCUUCAGCCCAUCAGGCACACAGCUGUUCACUACAGCUCACAGUGAGGUUUUCCUGUGGACCUUAAGAGGCCUGUAACAUACACAAAAACAGACACGCACAUCAUUAGGACAGACAUUCCAUCUAGCACACAUUGAAAAUGUGCUGUGGACCAUUUAAGGCCUGUCAUACUCAGAGCCUAAUACUAACAGAUUCCAUCGACAGAAAUUCUCACUGCAGUUGAAAACUAUUUACAUUUCCUAGUUUCCAAGGUUGGCAGCACAUCAGAGAUGACCACAUUGGUUCUUUGCAUCUUUGUGUGAUCGUUUAUUGGUUUACACUCACUGGCCAAUUUGUUUGAACAACCUACUAUGUACUUUAUGAGCUUUAUCAUUUCACUUUGUAAUUCCCCUAUAUAGUUGUGCAAUUACAGAUUGUAUUCCAUCUUUUGAUGCACAAAUUAUUGUAUACCCUCUACUCUAUUCAUCAAGUCAGUUUUUGAGAACAGGACCAGUGUUGACCAGACAUGAUUUGGGUGGUGGAUCAAUCUCAACACAGCAGUGAUACUGUCAUGGUAUUGGUAUGGUAUUUUGCACUUGUCAGCAUCAGUGCUAGUGUUCCACCACCCACAAAUAUCCAGCCAAUAGAUGAAGGACUAGAGCAGAGGUCAUGAGCCUUAUCCCCAAAGGGCCAGUUUUCUAUUCAGCCAGGUAAGAGCAUAUCUUAUAAUUGUAUAACUGUUUAAAGACAAGUGUAUCAGGUGUGCCUUUGCUUAAUUAUAACCUGCAGUCACACUUUGUGGAUUAUAAUUAGUGACUCAAGGACCACGAUGGCUAACACAAACUGCAUCAGCUGAUGAGCUACGGUCUCUAACUGUACACCUGAAAAGUGGAGUUAAAAGGUUUUUCUGAUAAAGCUGCCAGUGAGUGUGGAGAUGUUUUAUCAAGAAAUGUUUAUUCUGGGAUUUUGUCUAACUCUAGACUAGUUUUACAUCCAAUGCUGUGACCAAAACUUGAAAUUGAAGUAAUCAAAUGAAGUUUUAGGUUUGUUUGACUUGAAUACUUUUAUACAUUUUUAAAUAAAUUUCAUAUAAAAGUA